GCACCGUGCGCAGCGUCGCCAGCGCGGACUCGGCCGUCGACGGCGGGGACGGAGACGGGGUGCACCCCCUGCUGGAGGGGUGGACGAAGAGCAGGUGCGCGGCGAUGCUGUCGAUGAGCGAGUCACGGGAGUGCCGGCGCGACUUCGAUUUCGAUUUCGGCCUGGAUUUCGGGUUCGGGCGGAGUGCGCUUGGAGGUGGAGCGCUGGCUUCAGAGUAUCCAGGCAGGGCGCGGAGCGGGUCUGGGAGCGACGAUGCCAAUUGUGGGUGCGGCGAUUGUCUGUGAAUGCGAUGAGUGGAAAAAGAAAGCUACGGCAACGCAUACGGACUCUUGCGUCGAUGGAGCAGACAUCGAGCUGCAGCUGAAACGGCGACGGUGCGAGGUGUAGAGUGAGAGGUGUGAAGGAGGUGGGUGCAUGGCCUCAAGCACACAUCAUCUUCCAGCCCACACAGCGCAUGGAUCCAAGCCUGUUCCCUUGAAUCCGCGCCUCAGUUCGGAUCCAGUCCGUGUUGGGAAAGACGGAAUCCGAGGUCGUCACAGAACGCGCACCCAGCGAGGCUCGCAGUGAUACACGUGUGCUCGGCGUGGCGAGAACAAAGGUAGGGACCGAUUGGGGCGAGAUAAGAGUAUGGGAGGCUGGGCUCAGAGUGAGCGAGUGGGAGAAUCGAUGGGAUCCUGGGGGGCAUUACAUCUGUGCCGUAUUCUCGCCCAUUCUUUCCACACGUGAAGUCAAAAUGGCCCAUAGAGUCGGCAGCGGAACAUUCGGAUCUAGCGGGUAUAAAUGGUAUACUUUCAGUAGGAGGGCGGCAUGCUUGAACGAAGAAAAACCGAUUUCAAGACGUGCAGGGUGACGGCGGUGAUAGCCGCCCAUGCUUUUGAUGCCCACAAUGUGGGUAUUUCACAGUCCGAUACAGAAAGGACGUAUAUGAAGGAUUCCAUUUCUUGCUCACGGGGGCAUCAUUUGUGAGAGGCUAACAACGGGAUGAAAUUCACAGAAGCCAGUUUCUCGAGUCUCCAUUCUGGCCAUUCCAGAACAAGCAUAUGUUUCUCUCAUUUGUCAGUUGUGAGAAUUAUGCGGGAAUGGAUCGUGAUGAAAUCCACAUAUCAGCCCAUUUUUAAACUGAACCCUGUUGGCGAUGCUUCACAUCCUUACAGACAAAAGGCGCUUUGAGGCCACCCCCGUUCGCUGUCAGAAUGAAAGGAAUCAAUUUCUGAAACACUUUCAGAUGAGGCCUCAUGCGUCUGUUGAACCCAAUGAAAGUGAGGACGACGCAACUGGUCCCAGCACAUCAUUCUACCGCAAACGCAAUCAGGAUCAGUUGAAAGCAUCCGAAUCACUGGUUCGGGGAUGCUGAUCGCCAUCAACAUCACUCCCUUGAUCCUGAUCGGCUUGCGUGAUCAUCCACCUCCUUGCUGACAUUUUCCCGUCUGCUGCGUAAAAGUCCGGCUCUCCUCCUCUCUGGUACCCUGCUGCUCAUCUUACCGGGAAUCCUCAAUCAUGUCCGACGCCAUACCCUCCACCAGCCAAACACCGUCCAACCCUCACCUAGGCAAUCUCACUCCCGAGCAGGCCUUGAAGUAUACCGAAUUCAAAAGUCUGUGUGAAAAGGAGGGCGUCUACGAGCCAGGCAAGACGAGGCCGAGUUUGACUGAAGGAACUCUCAUUCGGUACCUGCGUGCGAGGAAGUACGAUCCCGCAGAGGCGCUGCACCAGCUGAAAGACACUGAGGCGUGGAGGAAGGCCAACAAGCUCGAUGAGCUGUACGACUCGUUCGACGUCAACGCGUACGAGGAUGGUCGGAAAGUCUACCACCAAUGGACGGGCCGGCGAGACCUCACUGGGCGCCCGCUGUACGUGUACGAGAUCUCCACGAUCAAGGACAACAUGGCGGCGUUCGAGCGGUCGUCCAAAAUUGCUGCGGUGCCGGCGACGGACGGGUCGGCCCCGAUCCCGGGCAAGCUGCGCGUGCUCUUCGCGCUGUACGAGAACAUGUCCGAGUACGUCCUCCCGCUCGCCAACGCGGUCCCGACGCGCCCGAACCGGGACGAGCCGGUGUUCACGACGACGCACAUCGUCGACCUGAGCAACAUGAGCCUGAUGCAGUACUGGAACCUGAAGAGCCACAUGCAGGCCGCGAGCACGCUCGCGUCGGCGCACUACCCCGAGACGCUCGAGCGUAUGUUCAUGGUGGGGACACCCUCGUUCUUCCCGACUGUCUGGGGAUGGAUCAAGAGGUGGUUCGACCCGGUCACGACGUCGAAAAUCUUCAUCCUCUCCGCUGACGAGGUGAAGCCCACGCUGCUCCAGCACAUCCGUUCGGAAGAUAUCCCCAAGAAGUACGGCGGGACCCUAGACUGGGCGUUCGGCGACUCGCCGAAGGUGGACGAGGAGAUCGUCAAAACGGCCAAGGGCCUGAGCGCCGAGAAUCCGCUGCGUGGGCCCGUGCGCUGGGUCAAGCAGGCGGAUGGGACGGCCAAGGUUGUUGCCCGCGGUGUAGCUGAUGGAAAGGAGAGGAAUGAAGUCGUCGCGGAGUGUUCUCACACGUAACCCAGAUAUCACUGCUUUAGAACUAGACCCGCUAGACGGAGCACAGAGUUAUCUCAUCUACUUACCACUUUACCUAUUGAAGCAAUUGCUCCAGGUCCCACCCAAUACGUACUCGUCUGUCCAGCGUAACAUUCCA